AGUAAUGGUUAAAGAGCUAUUGAAAUUUGAAAAAAUGUGAUUUGUCACUAUGUUGACGGUCCCUAACUGCUGUUGGUGGACGUAAGGAAAACUACAGGCGAAUAUCCGUCGAAUAUCCAACCUGAAACUGAUUUUACCUCGGUGUUAACUCUCACCGUAGCCAAUUAGCUUGAGUGCUGUUGGUUACAAGAAGCGUCGUAAAGGGAGGCGUUGUUGUCAUGACGACACUACACAACUCACCGGAAGAGAAUGUGUUGCUAGGUCAGUGCUUUACGGGAUCAUUUUCAUUUUCAACUUCCAUUGGGUAUGACCCAAAGAUCCAAUUUAGCAAAGAUCAUAUGUCAAGGACGGGAUUAGGCUUUGGUUAGCCAAUUUCUGACGUGAAAGGAUGCCAGUAUACAUCAGGAAAGGGCCUGCAGAUAUCCCCGAGCCCUCCGACAGCGGCCGAGGUGAUGACGAGGAGGAGUUGUUCCUGAGUGACCCGGAUCAAGUCCAGGACCAGCUCCCCCAGCCGUUCAGAAUGAUAGACAAGGUCCUGGACAGACUGGUAGACAGGGCAUGGGACUUCAUCUCAGAGAGAGAAACUGUCAGGGUCACAGAGCAAGCUAAUACAACUAUACCCAUUAUGCAGGUCUCAGGAGACGUAAAGCUCCCUGUGAGGACCAACUGCAUGGCCUGCUCUGAGGAUGGCAGGUACAUCUUCCUGGGUCACCCCCACGGCCUGUCUGUUAUGGCUCAGCCCCAGGCUAUCUCCUCCUCUUCCUCUCCCUACUGUGUGCCAGUAUGGCAGGAGGACCAGGUAGAGAUCACCUCUCUUCACAUCACCUGUCUGGGGGAGAUGGCCUAUCUGCUGGCAUCACUGGAUGAUAUGGGUGUUGCCAGACUCUUUGCUUAUUACUCAGAAACCAGCCACCUGAUAAAAGUAAUGAAUGAAACAGAUGACCUCAACCAGAGAAGUGUCUGUGUGAAGUUUGAACUGUCCAGAGGAGGAGACUACGGAGCUGCUACCAUCAGCUGUAAUGGUUGUCAGUGUUUAGAGGUGUACAGGUUCCCUAAAGACUCCUGGCUGAAAGAGCUGUCCCAGCAUGCACCUGGAGUAGGAGAUACAGGCAAACUGUCUCCUGUCGCCAUGCUGAUGAAGAUCAAACCACCUAAACCUCACACAGGCUCUACCAUGAAGAGUCCAUUUGAGGUGUUGCAGAAGACCGAGGACAGCAAUGUGAUUGGCUCAGGACAGAACCACCUGAUCAGCAGUCGCCAAUGGGAGGACCAGGACGCUGUGUUUAAGUCUGUAUACAGGAAGUACAUGGUUACUAACCCCAGCAACACUACAAACCCAGAGGACAGACCCAGCUGUGUGACCAGUCACUUCCUGCUUCCUGGAGGCCUGUUUCCUGUCCUGGGAGGAGUUAAGCCUCAGACAGGAGGAGUGGCUGUAGCUGUGUGUCUGUGGUGGAGCGGCAGCCACAAUCUGCUGCACUACUUCCUGUGUAAAGCUCCCAAAGACAAACCAGACCCGGAGCCCAAGCCUGAUGCGUUGUGGCCUAAUGCCCAGGAGAUCCUGUGUUCUGCUGUUAGCCGCUGUACUAGACACAUAACUCUGGGACUGGUUACUGGACUGGUCACUGUCUGGGACAGACACUUAGGUCUUCCUCUGUCUGUUGUCUCAGUGGAAGCAGACAGUGUGUUCAGCAGCAUAAUAUUUGUGGAUGACUGGCCUGGUACGGCUACUGAGGGCGUCCUACACAGCCAGGGUCCGAACCACAGCAGCACACAGGUCCAUCUACUGGUCACCUGUCAGAGUGGAGCGUGUCAUCAAGUCUACACAGGACGAGGACUGGACUCUCGUAAUGUCACACAACUAUCAGAAAGACCAUCAGAUCCAGGCUGUUUCUCCUCCCUCUAUAACUUCCUGUCUUCUAUCAGACCAUCAGAUCCAGGCUGUUUCCCCUCCCUCUAUAACUUCCUGUCUUCUUUCAGACCAUCAGAUCCAGGCUGUUUCCCCGUGGUGACUGCUGCUGUUCCAUUCCUCCAGCGCCUGGUGCUGAUCAUGCAGAGGAAUGGGAAGAUCUUCCUCCAAGACAUGGUAGAUAGGAGAGUAGUGUGCUGCUUCUCCCUCCCAGACACUCAUCUCCUGGCCAGUCCCUGGAGUCCUGUGUUUCUACUGGACCCCAUGCAGAAGUCUCUGCUCAUACCAGGUGAUCAGCGUCCCGGUCCUGACAGUGGGGAGGACGGAGGGAGUCGACUCUUUGUGUUCCGUCUCCAAGAUGCUGCUGUCGUCAAGCCGUACAGACAUGGAGAUGUCGGCAGAGCAUCAUCACCCCAGGGCCAAUCAGGGACAGGCGCCUCUAACUUGGAGGAAACAUGUAACCUCUAUUUCCAACAGAGGGUUGAAUCUGUGGAGGAGAGAAACAAAGUCAUGACUGAGACAUGGAACCAGCUCCAAGAGCAUGCCGCCAUGGUGCUCUUACAGAACUGACAUCACGCUGUUACCAUCUUACAGAACCAACACCCUGCUCCCCUCUUAUAGAACCAAUACCCUGCUCCCCUCUUACAGAACCAACACCCUGUU